CAAUGGAGUUGAAUAUCUGGUCAGCUGAUGCCUUUGCCUGAAGAUGUCUCAAUCUAACCUUAGAGAGUGGAGACCAUGGGGAAUUCAAAGAACCUUGAUCGUGAAAUUAGAGUAAUUCUGGCUGGUAGCUCUUUAACUACCAGAAGGGCAGCUUGGUCAUGGCCACUCCAAGAAAUUUAUAUCUUUGCCAUUUAUGUUGCUGACCUUUCUUCCUUCCCUGCCCGUCUCUCUCUCUCUAUUUAUCCUUGCACUCCUGUGUCACUUUCUGUGCCAUUUUAUAUUUCACACACAAACUCGCCGGACUCACUGAAAUGUCGUUGCUUUUGAUAAGAAUCUCUUCUUCUUGCAUGCCGCUGCUAUAGAGUUAAAGGUCUCUUAAGACCUUGAGAGCCUCGUGGGUGAGAGGAGGAUCUCGGAUGGGCCGAUCGCCAUGCUGCGAGAAGGAAGGCCUGAAGAAAGGGCCGUGGACACCGGAGGAGGACCAGAAGCUCCUGGCCUGCAUCGAGGAGCACGGCCAUGGGAGCUGGCGAGCAUUGCCUGCGAAAGCCGGACUUCAGAGGUGUGGGAAGAGCUGCAGAUUGAGGUGGACAAAUUAUCUAAGGCCUGAUAUCAAGAGGGGGAAGUUCAGCAUGCAGGAAGAGCAGACCAUCAUUCAGCUUCAUGCUCUUCUUGGAAACAGGUGGUCCGCAAUAGCCACCCAUCUACCCAAGCGAACUGACAAUGAGAUCAAGAACUACUGGAACACCCAUCUCAAGAAGCGGCUGGCCAAGAUGGGGAUCGAUCCGGUGACCCACAAGCCUAAGAGCGACGCUCUCAGCUCCUGCGACGGCCAGCCCAGGAGCGCCGCCAACCUCAGCCACAUGGCUCAGUGGGAGAGCGCCCGCCUCGAAGCCGAGGCCCGCCUCGUCCGGGAAUCCAGACUUCGUGCCACCCCGCCUUUCCAACCGCAGUCACCCUCUUCCUCUGCCCCUCCGCCUCCUCCUCCGCCGCCAGGCAGCGACUCGGUGGCUCCCCCGGCGCCGCCUCUUGAUGCCCUCCGGGCAUGGCAAGGAGCCUGGUCCAGCAAACCCACCACUGGAAAUCCAGGCGGAAGGAUCGAUCUCGAGUCGCCAACAUCCACCGGGAGCUUCUCGGAGAACGCCCUGCCGAUCGCAAGCAGCGGGGUAAUGGAUGCCAAUUCCACAACGUGCCAUGAAGGACCAGGUCAGGAAUUGGAAGAGGAGCAAGAUCUGGAGUGGAAGUGCUUCGAGAGGCAGCCACUUCGAAUGCCGGACACCAAAGAUCAUAGGAUGGAUAGCUUCGCCAGCUUUUCGAUGGACACCACGUCGAUCUUUGGUGGGGACUCCUCCUCGUGGCUCCCGGAGUCUUCCGGUGGGGAAUUCGAUGCAGGGUUCCCUGGCAUGCUGGAGAAUUCCGAUGACCGGAAUUCUUCGGAUGGGUGUGGGGACUCUAAUUACAAUGCGGAGGGUGGCAGCUGCGCGGAAGAGGAUGGGGAGGAAGGGGACGAGGACGAGAACUAUUGGAACAGAAUUCUUAACUUGGUGAACUCGGCAUCCCCCUCGAGUUCGCCGCCCAUGUUCUAGAAACGGGGUAUCGACGAGAUUUGGACUGGAUUGGCAAAGAAGACUUCCAGUCCUCCCUCCGUAAAGAACUUUUUAGCAUGCUUUUCUCUGCUCUGAAAACUAGCCGUUUAUUUCAGCCAAAAAAAAAAAACUAGCCGUUUAGCUCUAAACCACUCCGAGACAACUCGGUUUGGUUCAUCUGCUUCUCCUCCGAGUCUGCUCGGUUCGGUUGACAUUUCACCCCCCCCAGCCAAAGUUUAUGCAUGGAUAUUGCAGGCUGAGGAAAUCUCUCUGCAAGAAGAAAGAAUAAUGAGUCCGACUGAUUGUCCUGUUGUUGUGAUGUUGGCUUCAGCUCCUGGGGGGAAUUAUAUAUUAUUUUGAGUAAUAAGAGUGAGAAUUGUUAUAGUAUUAGUAUUUUCUAUGCAUGUUCAUUAGUAGUUUGGCUUGGUGUGUCAUUUUGUGUAAAAGGAAAGAACCUUGUUGAAUGAUCAAGUUCUUCACUUUGUUCGUUGGUUC